GCUAUAGUUUUCGGUGUAAUGGUAAUGCAAGGCUAGCUAUAUAGACUACUAUCUGCCCUAGGGAGAUUGUUCUGGUAUUAUCUGUUUAAUUGAUCGAAAUUAUACAUAUCAGAAUUCCUUAGGAAUGAUCCCAAUCGAGGAUGCGUCCGCGAGGAAGCGGGAGAUAGAAGAGAAGUUGAAACAGUGUACAGGCCUCGUCAUAUACUCGAAAACCGAGAGUAUGAUGAGGUCAACAACGAAAACAGCCUAUUCACAAUACAAACGUAGCUAUUCUGCUUCAAUGUACACACGGGCUUGAGGCUACGUUGCAGGAACAGGAAACACUGUCGUUUAUUCGUGAGAAUUUGGAAAAGAGUGAUCAGCUUACUAAAGGAAUGGUCUCUAUCCUGUCUUCGUUUGAAAGUCGUCUCAUGGCGCUGGAAAACUCCAUAAUCCCAGUGCACAAACAGACAGAAAACCUGCAGCGUCUUCAGGAGAACGUUGACAAAACACUAUUCUGCCUGGAUCAUGUCAUCAGCUACUACCAUGUUGCCAAGGAUACUGACAAGAUCAUCAGGGAGGGCCCCAGUGGUCGCCUAGAUGAGUAUCUGGCCUGCAUUGCAAAGAUACAGAAAGCUGUGGAAUACUUUCAGGACAACAAUCCAGACAGCCCAGAGCUAAACACAGUGAAAGUACGUUUUGAAAAAGGCAAGGAACAGCUGGAGGCAGAGUUUCGCGCUCUGCUGACGCGUUACAGUAAACCAGUCCCACCCAUUCUCAUCCUGGACGCAAUUGGUGGAGACGAGGAGCUUGAGGGGGAGGUCACUCUGGAGCACCUACCUGAGGCUGUGUUGCAGGACCUUAUCUGCAUCUCCACAUGGCUAGUGGAGUAUGGACGCAACCAGGACUUUAUGAACGUGUAUUUCCAGAUCCGCUCAAAUCAGCUAGAUCGCUCCAUUAAGGGCCUUAAGGAGCAUUUCCGUAAGAACAGUGCUUCCUCCGUUCUGCCCUAUUCUCCUGCUGUUCAAACCAAACGCAAGGAUACGCCAACCAAGAAAGCUCCUAAAAGACCAGUUUACAUCCCAGGGACAAUCCGUAAGGCUCAGAAUCUGCUGAAACAGUACUCUCAGCAUGGCCUGGAUGGGAAAAAGGCCUCUAACCUCACUCCUCUAGAAGGGAAGGAUGAUAAUAUGGAUGUUGAGAUCGACUCGUAUAUUCAUUGCAUCAGCUCCUUUGUCAAGCUGGCACAGAGCGAGUAUACUCUACUGACCGAGAUCAUUCCAGAACACCAUCAGAAAAAGACCUUCGACUCCCUCAUUCAGGAAGCCUUGGAUAAUCUGAUGCUGGAUGGGGACAACAUUGUCACAUCAGCACGCAAGGCCAUCAUGAGACAUGACUACUCCGCUGUCCUCACCAUCUUCCCCAUUCUCCGGCAUCUCAAGCAAACCAAACCCGACUUUGACUCCACACUGCAGGGCACAGCUGCCAGCACUAAAAACAAACUGCCAGGUUUGAUCACCUCUAUGGAGACGACAGGAGCCAAAGCACUGGAGGAGUUUGCGGACAGCAUAAAGAAUGAUCCAGAUAAGGAGUACAACAUGCCUAAAGAUGGCACGGUCCAUGAGCUUACCAGCAAUGCCAUCUUGUUCCUGCAGCAGCUUUUAGAUUUCCAGGAGACCGCAGGAGCGAUGCUGGCAUCUCAGGUACUCGGGGACACUUACAAUAUUCCUUUAGACCCCCGAGAGACGAGCUCAUCAGCCAGCAGCUACAGUUCUGAGUUCAGCCGUAGACUCCUUAGCACCUACAUCUGUAAAGUCCUGGGAAAUCUUCAGUUAAAUUUGCUGAGCAAAUCGAAAGUAUAUGAGGAUCAGGCCUUAAGUGCCAUCUUCCUUCAUAACAACUACAACUACAUCCUUAAGUCUCUGGAAAAAUUCGAGUUGAUCCAGUUGGUUGCUGUCACUCAGAAGAAAGCCGAGAGUUCCUACAGAGAACUGAUUGAACAGCAGAUUCAGACAUAUCAGCGCAGCUGGCUGAAGGUAACAGACCACCUGACUGAGCGGAACAUGCCGGCAUUUCAGCCUGGAACUAAGCUUAAAGACAAGGAAAGGCAAUUGAUCAAAGACAAAUUCAAGGGCUUUAAUGAUGGGCUGGAGGAGCUCUGUAAGAUCCAGAAGGUUUGGGCCAUUCCUGAUAAGGAGCAGAGGGACACCAUCAGACAUGCUCAGAAAAGACUGGUGUCGGAGGCAUACAGAGCCUUUCUCCAGCGGUAUGCAAACAUUGCAUUCACCAAGAAUCCAGAAAAGUACCACAAAUACACACCUGAGCAAGUAGAGGAGAUGAUUGAGAAGCUGUUUGACACCUCUGCCUGAACCACGCCCACAACACACGCAGACAUGUUGCUGUGUCCAAUCUGAAUUUCUGCUUCCUGCCCCAAACUCCCGUUUUGUAUAAAAUAAUUUGUAAAUACCUCUAAUAUGGAUUUAAAGUUUAGAGUAUAAUAAUAAAAAGAACCAUGGCGCUUCUUUUUGCAAUGAUUACUAAUGAUCUCAUAACUUCAUGUCUCAAGUUCAUCUCGUCUUAAACCUCCAGCCCUCAAGAGAAAGCAGAGACCCACCUGAACACUCUUCUAUUGUAGAAUGAACUUUCACUAUUCAUCUGUGCAACACUGUCUCUUGCUGUCUUCUGAAAUAGACUUCUUGAAAAGGCAGUUGAAUAAUUCCUAGGCUCUUCAGAAGCACUCGAUUGAUCACUAAUCUGGCUUUUAUUUAUACACCAACUAACCAGCCAAGCCAUUAAAACCACUGACAGGUAAAGUGAAAAACAUCUUGUUACAGUGGUGCAUAUCAAGAGGUAGGACACUCUGAUGGCUAGAUGAUUCAGUCUGAGCAUAUCUAAAACAGCAGGUCUUGUGGGGAGUUCUCCAUAUAUCGUAGUUAGUACUUACCAGAAGUGGUCCAAGAAAGAAUCAUUGUGUGUGGGGAUUGAAGGCUGGCCCAUCUGGCUGAUCCCACAUAGUGCAUAGCUGCAGAUUAUCAGUGCCCAUGUUGACCCCUGACUACCACUGAAAGCACAUGACCAUCAGAACUGGACCAUGGUGCAAUGGAAGAAGAUGGUCUGGUCACUUAAAAGGGGAAGAGAUGUGCUAUGGGAUGAAAACCUAGAAUCCUGGCAUUCAUGAGGAUGACCUGUGCCACCUAUUUAAACAUUGUUACGGACCAAGUAUGUCUCUUCAUGGCAACAUUAUCACCUAAUGGCAGUGGUCUCUUUCAGCAGGAUAAUAUGCCCUGCUUACUACAAAAAUUGUUCAGCAAUGGUUUGAGGAACAUGACAGAGUCCAUGGUGUUGACUAAUUCCCCAGAUCUCAUUUCGAUCAAGCAGAUAGCAGAUACUUCAGUACACCUUCGGAGAUCUUGUGGAGUCUAUAUUUUGAUAGGUCAGAGCUGUUUUAGUACCAUGAGGGGAAUCUACGCAAUGUAAGGCAGGUGGUUUAAUGUUCAUUUUACUUUUAAACUACAAGUAGUAAAAGUGGUCAGCUAGCAUGGAUGGUUUUGGCUUACAUUUUGGCCUUCCGUUGGCUGUUCCUAGGAUUGUGCAUGUCUGAACUGAGAUUGAUGUCAUUCCUGGGAUCCAUUUGAGCCACUCCUUUAUCUUGGAGGUCACAGCCCCUAGACCCCCUAUCUCCAGUAAGACCAUUUUACCACAGGACCCUUGGAACAUUUUUAAAAGCAAACAAAAAUAUCAGAGCCUAUAGGGAAAUACUGUAAUAACCCUGUUCGUCCACCCUGUUCGUAUGGGUUGUUCAGUGAUGUUGAGUACCAGGGAAAAACUGAAUCUCUGGUCUGGUUUUGGGUUGAGAGAAAAAGUUGGCAGACCACAUAUCUUUCUCACCCCUCCACCAAUCAGGACACACACUGCAGUAAAUAAGUGUUUAGUCCAGUGGAGGGAAGCAGAAAAAACAACACUCUCGCAUUCACAAAGGCUGGACUGGUGCUCACUCUGAUCUGAUGGAGAGGUAAGAUGAUCCCUUAAGAUAACAUGUAAGAACUUUCAUCUUAAAAUUACCUCUGUUUGGCUCUAUUUAGGAGAAUGUUUAUGCUGAGAAAAGCAAAAUACAAUUUUUGGAGUCAAAUGCCAACUCAAGUUUCUUUAUAUUGGCUUUAAAAUGAAAAGAAUGAGAACAAAUGCAUUAAUUUAGUUGUAAUUCAGGAGUAAUGAUUAGGAUAAGAGAGAGUGUCUUCCUGCUACAGGUUGAGAUUUUACAGGUACAGUAACAUGUUGGUGUUAAUCUGUGUGUCCCUGCUGCUGGUGACAUCCACACACUGUACAGUGGUGAUCAGAAUCCUAUUAGAGCCCUGCUCAAGCUGUUCUAAUGCAUAUGUUAAAUUACACUAAAAUUCAACCUAGCCUCUUUGCUUCUUGAGGUUAUAUAUAGCUAUGAUUAUUUGCUUGUCAGUGUGUAUGAUUCCAUGUGUUUGUAUAUAGUUGUGGUUGUGUGAUUCUACUUUGUUCUAUGUGGUGGUGCUCUAUAUCUGUGAUUUUGCAUUUCCAUAAUUUGUUUUAAAUAAAUGUAUUAGAAAGCA